CUACCACACGCAUCCCGUGGACAUUGUCUUGAAAGUCAGUCGCGGCCCCGUGACGACUUCCUUUAUCUCCUCGAUCUUCUCGUCGUUGUCAUCAUCGUCGCAGCCAUCGAAGUAAGCCACCGCCGUCUCGGGCGCGAUGUAGCCCCACGGAUAAGCGGCGACCUUUCCCUUCCUGAGCUGCCGCUCGUUGUCGAGUGGCAGGCGGACGAUUGUCUUGACCUCGUCAGUUUCUCCCACCAGCAUGUUGCCACAAUCGAUAAAAGUGGCGCCCUCGCAAGGCAGGAUGGGCGGGAGAGGGGAGGGGAGUGGCGCGGGUGGCAGUGGCGAUGCAUUGACGUGGUCAGUCUCCUCCAGCCCGUGCAUCAAAACGUCCCUCUUCGACAGGACAUCGUUGCACACAUUGUCCAGCCCCAGGCGCUUCAUCGAGUGUGCCGCGGAGAGGUGGGCGUGGGCGAAGUAGUAGAUGCCGCGGAGGCCAAUCACGACGUCAUGCUCUACGGCUGCCUGGGCUGUGGGCGAGAGCGGAAGGGGAUGGCAACGGGAGAUCUGUCCGAAAUUGUACCAGUGAAUAUGGUCGUGGAUGUCCACGUACGUGGAUCUCGAAUAAGGCUGGCCAACUGCAAAGAUGCAGAGAGGGAGAUAAGCCGUGCAGGCCUCUUUCUUCCUCCCUUACUGCUCAGCCAUGAGAGGACGAGGACGAGACGGUCCUCAGCCGUUUCGGGCUCGUCCUCAGCAACGGUGGUGCCGUCUUUGGUGCUUCGAUAGCAAAGGUACUUCACGAAUGGCCAGGCGCUAGGAGGCAGGGUGCCGGCCGCUUCUGCUUCUGCUUCUUUCUUGGCUGCAGCUGCGAGGCCCUUUUUUCGACGAUCAGGGCGACGGCGACGGCAUCGUGGCUCUCGCCGUCUUCUGCCGUGUAGGUGCUUCGGUAGAGGCUCGAGAAGUUGCUCUGUCUGAUCUUGGCCACGGCGAAUUGCUUCUCCAGAUCUGUCUUCUCAGCUCCUACACGGAAAAUGCGUUCCCUAUCAGCUGAAGCACAUGUGCUGCUAAGCUCUGUCAGUUGCUUCCUCUUCUUACCAUUCAAUUCGCUGCUGGUCUCUGCUCUUCCGUGGCCUGCCAUGGGACAGUGGAUUCCCAAGCACUCGCAAAUGCAUCCGAUUCACACGGAAAACGCGUUCCCUAUGUUAUAAGCAAUGCACACGUUUUCAUUGGUUGUUUUUGUUGCCUUUUAUCAAUGCGCCGACUCCCUCUCACCUCUGAAACGGCGCAGAAGUUGCCGGCCGCGUCAGUGGCCCGACAAAAAGAAGAUG